ACUGUUUAUUGAACGUCUUCCAGCGUAUAACAGUCAAAAUAAACACGAAGAACCAUGAUCUCAUAUUUCUCAGGUUUAAACAACAUUGGAGUUAAGUUAGUACAGCGAUCUUUUUUUUAUUCACAUUUUAACACAAAAAAAUAAACUUAAAAAUUUUGAUUUAUGAUAAAAUUAAACAAAGUGUUAAACAGGGAAUGUAAAUUAAAACUGUUCAAUGGAUUUUUCAUUAUAUUUGUGCGGAUUGAAUUAAAAUUUUAGAUAUCGCUAGACGAGAUAAAGUUAAUCGAAAAUUUAUGUAUAUUCAAACUCUUAGGAUGUUUAAAUAUUGUUAAGAUGUUUGAAAAAUGACAGCUUAAAGAUUUUACAAGGCCGUUAUCUGAGGAACGCUCGGGUCAAGAUGGUAUAGAAGUGUUUAUGUUCCGUAAUAAACCGACUGCUAAAACUAAAGCUUCGGAGUUUUUCUAUACCGUUGAGGACUACCAUAUUGAUCCGGCCUAGACAAAGAUAAAGGUUUGGGGCGAAGGACGACGAUGUUUUAAAGUUUUAUCAGUUUUGCGGCAAUGGCAGAGGGAAUAACUGUGUUACUAGGCUAUCAGGGAUUUUUGAAAGUAUUAAAAAAUGUGGAUUUAGUCUUUAUAGCGUGUUUUUAGACACUUUUCUCCAGAUUUUUAUAACAGGAAAUCGCAGAGCAGUCGGGGAUUGCUUUACGCGCUGUUGAUACAUUAUAUUUGUUUGAUAUUAUAUACACAUGCUUCAAGAAAUAUAAUUAGUUAAACACUCUUUAUAAUGUGUGUACGUCAAGCAUAUGGAAUGAACAUAAAUGUCAGUGUAUUGUAACAACUGAAAAUAAAAAUGGAAAACAGAAAGUGGUCCGCUUCGAGAGAAAGAAAGACAGCAUGGACAGUCUGCUUGCAGAGAGCAUUGCUUAUCUUGGUGACAACCCUGAUAUCAUUUGUACAAUCGGAGAAGAUUCCUUUGCCUCGUUUUCAAGACUUGCGCGCGCACUACCCGGGCUAUUCACAUCAUGGCGGCCAAUACAGAAAUCAUGAAUUAUACAACAUGAUAGGCAUCGAAAAAAAUAACAACUUGCUUCUUCAUGAUACAAGUGCAUUAAGACUUUCAUAUUCUUUAAAUCAGAUCGGUGGAGUUCACUCCCUUGGCAAAGAAAUGAUACAUUUCUCGAGAUUUGGACACGACAGUAUCCAAGGAAAGGAUCAGCUGCAAUAUAUAUUUUUGCCAAUUUCAUUCGGCCCUUACCUAGCCGAUAAAUAUGGAUAUCCAAACAUUUCAAAACUGCAUCAAGUAAAUCCUGUGCAAACGAAACAUACAUUUUGGGGCAAGCAAGGUAUAUUAAGAGUGAUAACAUACACAAAUCACGGAAAUCAGCCUAAAGGACAUGUUGCAUUGUGGGAUUGUUAUCAUUUCCACCAAUCAAAAGACUGGAUUUCCGGAAACAGUUUGUUAACAGUGGAGUUCUGGGAGUCACCAGAUUCUGACUGUUCCGAAUAUUCUGCAGACACCACCCAACCAAUCACAAUUAUUCCAUUAUUACCUGUAAAAAGCGACCAGUCAAAAUCAGCGUUGCAAAAUGAGAACAGUCAAUCAAAAUUGUUAAGCAUUUUAAAAGACAGUAGUAUUAAAUCAAAGGCAAAAUACCUAAAGCAUUUGAUUAUGCCAACAAACGCGAGACAUUCUUCAAAGAAGCAAAGGCUGAAAAACAAGUUAAAGAAAUUAAGGUAGAAGUGAACUAAAUAUUCAAGGUAAAGUGAAGACUGCUAUAUUUUUCUCCGAUUUUUCAAAUAUUUGAAUAUCCAUUACACAGCAUUCGAUUUUGAACAGGAUUUUACUGUUAAAGACAAAGUAGUAAAAAUCUGAAUUGUGAUUUUACUGUAUUCGUGAUCUCGCUAUCGAAAAUAGAUAAAAAUGACACGAAGACAACUUUAUAAUUUACGACUGGAAACAAUUGGACAGUUCUUUGAGUGCAUUUUGUCUUCCAUACCGAAGUCUUCCGAACAGGCAGCAUUUAUUAUCGGAGGGUUAAAGGGAGGUAACCACAAGAAACUAUUAAAAGAGAUCCAUAUUCUGUUACUCAUCCCUUGAAAAUUGUAAAAAAUAGCGUGUAUUCUUUUUAUUUAUAUCUAGUCAGUUUGUUUAUGUUUGCUUACUCGUUAUUUUUCUUUCCGCAAUUAUUGUUAUUAGUGUAAAAUACUUGUACUUUUUUAUUCAAUUGUUUACAAAGUAAAUACUUUGUAAUGACGUCAUGCAACAAUUUGAGUACACCAUAUGUUGCAAAAUAUAUAAUUUCAUCAUUUUUUUUCAUCAGGUUUGGAAACAUGUUUAUCUUAUAGGUACAGUGUAUAAUGUGACAACGACAUCUGUGUAAACGCUGCUUCAUUUAUUUUGCGUUUUCAAGUUUUUUCUUAUUUAACGGUGACUGUUACAGUCUAACUACAAAGGUCAAAAUUAGGGAUGUGAAACGAUUUCUCUCUGUAUAGAUUUUUUUUUAUUUGUAGCAAACGUUAUGUCAUUAGUGGUAAAAUUCAAACUGAAAUCACUCAGAAUACAGUGUAACUUUGACCAUAGCAUCAGUUGUAACAAUUACGGUACCAGCUGUAACUGAUAUAGUUAUGACAUUCAGUGUAACUUUUAGCAAAAAGAAAAGAGGAAGUUUAAAAUCGCUAUCGUUUCUAUAUAUGAAUUACAAUAAUUGGUCAUAUUACAUGGAAAUUGUUUUUAUAUUCUUUUAGGGAUUUAUUAUCAUACAAUAUUGAGUCAUAUUAUGUAUUAAAUUUUGUAAUAUAUGAAAUUUGUAAUGUUCACAUAUUGCAUUCGAUCAUUCUAAUGGCAGAUCUGGGAUAAAGGGCAUUGUUUUUUUCAGAGGUUUUCUAUAGAUCAAGAAGAAAAAACAUCGUUUUACAAUAUGAAACACAUUGUUAUGUUUUUUUUAUAAUUGAUUUCAAACAAUACUGUCCUUAAAGACAUUUAAAAGAUUUGAAAGUUGCACUUUUAGACAAACGUACAUCUUUGGGCACCGUUUUCAUUAUAUGUUUGUUCGCCGUUUAAUAUCAUCCGAUUGUACAAAUGAAAAAAGGAUAUCCGAUUUCUUUUUAAAGUGUUUUUUUUCAGUUCAUAAAUCCGCAGUAUAUUGUAAUAAAACAGAUACCCGGAAUUAACUUGACAAUGUUACAUACUCUCGGGUGAUCAUUGGUAUUUUAUAUCCUCAUUUAAAGUAUUGACUCCCCCGCAUUGGUUUGGUAAAAAGUUUUUUAAAAACUUUAAAAAAUUUUGUGAAAGCAUACAUUAAUAAUCAUGUAUCCCCUAAAUGUCCCUUUAAUGUACAAGUACUUGUUUCGGAAGGCCCCGAAGGCGUUACAUCCGUUAAAUUGUUACCCUGAUUUUAAGCAUACAAAAGUAUGUUCAGUGCAGAUCUAUAGUAAUUGAACAGGUAUACAGCUUUUUUUAUACCAUAGAGACUUGGCUUCUCUGAAUAAUAAUUACCAUACAAUGCUAAAUAUUAUCAUAAUCUUGUGAUUUUAAAUUGAACGAUAAAAUUGAAAGUGGGUAUUUUUUCUUAAAUGGCGCACUAAAAUUCACACCGAAAUUUUCUGGGUAAAAACACCAGUUUAUUUCUAGGUCAAAAUGGCGGGAAUCCCAUCUGAAUUUCGGAUACAGUGUACGGAAAUGAAAAAGGCUCGCUUUGGCACGUUUUAAUAAUGGAUAGACUUUCUCAAUAUCAUGUUUCUAAACUUAAUUUAUUUUAUAAGUUGUACAGGCGUGGGUUUCUACUGAAUCAGAGCGACGAAGACCUAAAAAUAAGUAGAAUUUCCAGAUCGAAUUAGGUAGAUGAAAAGGGUGUCUUUACCGGGUUUAUCGCAGUUAUUCAAAGAAAUCUGUCAGGCUGACAUUAUGCUAUUUUUAGAAAAGAUUGUGAUAUCAUGUACUAUAGCCAUUCGCGUGGUGACCUAACCGCGUUGCUUUGCUACGUGCCAUUUAUAUAUUGUUCACAUACAUGUUGGUAAGAAAUUAACCAAAUACAGUAUUUCACAUAAUUUACGAAAUCUGUUCACAACGAAGACUUUGAAUCAAAAAUAAAUAUCUCAGAAAUA